ACAGUGCUCGGACCAGUUUUUAUCAAAUUCGGACCAGCAAAAUCGGACCAGCAUCGAAUGUACGAGGAAAAUUGCAGCCUGUGGAAAUCAUUCGCCGCCCAUUUGUACAAGAGGGAGAUUCCUCAAAACGCGGAUUUUCAUUUCGUCAAAACAGUAAAUACUACGUUCGGACGAAUUGCGAGGUUUGUUCUGUUCGGAGAUUCCCGCAUCUGUCCAGCGGCAGAAAACGUGUUUUAGUGAGAGUGAUUCGAAAAAAAAAUUGUUCGAAUACAAAGAUUUACAUC